AUAUUCCCCUCUCAUAAACCCUGUAGAUACCACAGCCUGAUUUCGAUGAUAUAACUCAAGUACCCGGCGAAUUGUGAACACGCAGGUUGAAAAUAUUAUUUUCUUUCUGCACUAACCAUAUCAAAAUGUCCGAGUUCGAAGGUGAUGACUUUUCCAACAACCUAUUCAGUGACCUUGCGCCGCUGCUCACUCUUUUUGGUGAGCAGGUGACCAAGCAAUUUCUUAGCAUGAGUAUGGGAUGGGCUGAUAAUAUCCUGCUUGCCAUGGGGCCUCUUGGUGUUAUCACGAUUGUUGUUAGUGCCAUUCAUGUAGGCGGAGAUAAGAGGCUGAGAGCGCUGAUCGGGAGAGCACGAGAGAGUCAAUCAGUUGCCGAGCAGGAGCUUCUAUCAUCCACUUCUGAGAACGUGUGCGAAAUGUGGAAUGGUCAACAAAUCGUUCGAUUAAUUGGAGACUCUGAGGAACUCAAAACACUCAUUGCCACAAAGUACGGAAAUGUAUACGACAUCCAAACGGCAGUCAACCAUGACGUACUCAGCGUAUCUGGCCAGGGCUGUCAUUUCACCCCUGAGGAAUUAGAAGUCCUUUCCAACGCCGCGCCAAAUCUGGCUCUCAAUGUCCCCAAUGCCACACCACCAUCUUAUGAACUGUGGAUAUGGACAGCGCUGGGUGUUUUACUCCAGCUAUUUGCCCUUGUGUUCCCAGCCCUUGCCGAAUUCUUGUGGGAAUGGGAGAAAGGUGAAAGUACUAUUCAAGCAUAUGGAUAUCCAUGUUUCUCGGUUGGGAGUAUAUGCUUGAUAGUAGGUAUAAUGAUGUGCGGACAAGUUAUCGAGGGUGUAACGGAAGAGUUCGAGUUUAAAGUUUCAAAAGAGAACGUGGAAAAUGAUGUCAAGAUAUUCUGCUACCAGCGUGGUCGAACUGUCGGAGAGCAACACUUUCCAUCCUAUGCAAUCUUCAACUCCAACGGCAGUAUCAAGAUCUCUCGGAUCGGCCAUAAUACCAAGGGCUACAUGUAAGUCUAACCAUCACAUCUGCUCCCUUGGACUCUGCAUAACAUUCUUAGACUGUUGACGUACUGCUCAUCUCUGUUGGCAGUCACAGGAUACAUCGUACAGUUCGUUGGCUUUCGGGCUCUCCAUUGGUCCUCCACUGUUGUUCAACUAGGCAUCACACUCGUCAUU